AUGUACACAUUGUUUUGUCAGAAGUUCCCAAAUCACCCUAUUUCCUAUGAAACUUAUAGAACUAUUUUUUCAAAGGAUUUUAUUAUAGCCUUUGGCUAUCCAAGAUCUGACACAUGUAGUCAGUGUGAUGAAUAUCAAGCAAAAAUGAAUAGUUUGGAGACUCAAAAGCUGAAUUUAUCGCAAACAGAUACGAUGGAGUAUCGUCGAAUAGACAGAGACAUACAGCGAAUAUCCAACGAAAAUAAGGUACAUAAAAUGAAGGCUGAACAAUUUUAUAAAAGAAAAAGAGAAGCUAAAAGAGAAAGCCAACAAUCUGAAGACAUGGAGGCGAUUUGCUUGGAUUUCGCCAAAAAUCUGCCUGCCCCGAAUAUAACAACCAACGACGUGUAUUAUAAAAGGCAGCUGUCAACGUUUUCUUUUAACAUUCAUGUUCUUUCUACAUCACAAAGUAUUUUCUAUGUGUAUCCCGAAACUGUGGGGAAAAAAGGCAGUGAUAAUGUGUGCUCUUUAUUGCACCACUUCUUAUAUAAUUACCUCGACAUGAAAGUACAAAAAAAAGAAGAACUCUAUAAGGAAGGACUUACAAAACAUAAUAGAUCAUCAACAGUGGAACUGGGAAAUAGCCAAGAGGGUAUUGGGAAAAAUGAACUUUGCUAUGUUCGCAAUCCCAUUGGGACGAUUGCAUUUAAGGAAUAUGCUGAAACUAAGCCUGAAACUCCCAGAGGUCCACCCGAAAUUGAAUUUCAAGAUACCGAAAGCAGUGAGAGCAGAAUAGGCAAAGACUCUGGAGAUUCCAGAGAUUUUAAAGAUGCAAGAUAUUCCAGUGUUGCCAAAGACUCAAGAGGGUCCAGAGAAGCCAGAGCAGCCGAAGAUGUCAGAAAAUUCAGAUAUUCCAGAGAUUCCAGAGAUUCCAGAGAUUCCAGAGAUUCCAGAGAUUCCAAAGAUUCUAGAGAUGCCAGAGAAGCCAGUUAUUCCAGAGAUUUUAGAGAUUCCAGAGAUUUUAGAGAUGCAAGAGAUACCAGAAAUUCCAGAGAUAACAAAAUUCCGGAACAAGGCAAUCGACAAGAAGGAAGACGGGAAAGUAUCAACUAUAGUUCCGAUCAUUUAAACUAA